AUGUCGGCCAAAAUUAAUAAAAAUUGGAUGGUCGAACUCGCAGCUGGAAAUUCUAGGUUAGGUCCAGAGAUAAGUGAGCAGCUUUAUCAGAAAAUCAAGGAAUUACCAAUCUCCGACUGUUUAAACUGCGUUCUACGGGGAGAUUUGCUAAAGAAAUGGAAGCGGACGCAACCCUUGGUCUCCAGAAGGAGAAACGAAGACCAGAAUGAAAAAGAAUCGCAGAAUGGAGAACCUAAAAGGGCAACGUCCCUAAAACCAUCUGGAAAACUCUACAGUUCUCAGUCAAAGGGAAAAUCGCACGAGCGUUUCUUUUGGGUCUCGUAUGUAUGCGAUACUUGGUUCCUACGAUGGCAGUCGAGGAGGAAGCGUAGCAGUGAGAGCGUAUUCCCUCUCUGUAAGCUGGAAGUGAUCGCGAGAAGUGACGAAGUCACGUAUUACGAUAGCAAAUUUACGUUGGAUAGGAAGCAAACGUUCCUCAUUUCUGGCAGUGUUACAUUGCAACUGGCUGCUUCCACGGAGCAUGAAGCUUUAAUGUGGAUUGCUGGUAUUUUUUACAUUGCAAAACAUGCCGGAAAUGAAUACGCCAAGAAUUGGCUAACUAACUACGAAAAUAUCGCUCCAUACUUUAGCUCAAAUGAUGAGAGAAUUCCAGAUUUUAAGUCGUCUAAGCUAAAGUCAGAACUGGAGAAGACCCGAAAUGUAGUACAAGUUGGUCGGUCGAAACAGAAUAGAAACAAGGGUACUGAUGUAGCUCAAGAGGAAAAUUUUCAAUGGCCAAGCACAAUAUAUGGGAUGGUUUGUAUGUUUCAAGUUAUGGAAGUUAUUAGUAAACCAGAGAUCGUAGAACCAAUACGCUCUGCCAUAACAAAAUUGCUUGAUUAUAGAGAAAUGUCAUCCUCAAAGUUGAUAGAAUUACUCUCUACUGGAAAGAGACAUUUUAAUUCUAAAAAGGUUUUAAUGAAGGAGUGUGAAAAACAUCUGGAGACUUUAAAUGUAGCAUGCAUGUAUUUUAAAAAUGAUUUAAUCGUAUUGGAUCCAUGGCUGACUGAAGAGGAGUGUAUGGCCAUGUUUUUUAAUGUAGUUCGGCAACAUGCUCUAAAAAUCAUCUUGUCCGCGGAGACUAGUGAUGAAGUUCUUCCACAGGAGUACGAAAAGUUUUUGACAAAUGUCCAGGCUGCAAGCAAAACGGAGGUGACCUGGAACGUACUAGAGGCUCACAAAAGUAAGUUACCCUUUACACGGGUCAUGAAAGAAAACGAAAGGGUACGUGUACAUUGCUUCCGGAAAGUUGUUAAACCAAGAGUACCUGUAAGAGUACUAACACUUUUGGGAUUUCAUUGGGCAUUGGCCCAGAAAUUUAACAGUAUAUGCAUGCCAAUGGACGCUGUGGAAAUCAGAAAUAUGCUAAAAUAUCCCCUGGGAAUGUUCUGGAUUGCAAGUAGCCACAACACAUAUUUGAUUGGGGACCAACUUGGUGGUUCUGCAACUGCAGGUGCUCUAGCAGAUGCCCUGUUACGUGGCUGCAGAUGUAUAGAACUGGAUUGUCAAGAUGGAUCAAACGGUGAACCGAUACUCUGCCACUCUUGGAAAAAUUGCCAACUCACGGGCUCAGUAACUCUUAGAGAUGCUCUUAUAGCAUGCAGAGAGGCGGCUUUUGUCUCAUCAAGACUCCCAGUCAUUCUCUCGUUUGAAAUGCACUGUUCUGAUUCUGGUAAGGAUAAAGUGGUUGGAUUGAUUAAGGAUAUCCUGGGAAAACACCUCUUGGUUUUGUCGGAAGAGGAUCCUGUAGAUUUGGUAACAACGCUACCUUUAGGCUCUUUGCUCGAUAAAAUUCUCAUAAAGGGUAAAUUUAAGUCAUCGGAGGAUAGGGUCAUUGGUCUAGGCGAAACCAAGUGGCAGUCUAUUUUAACUAUUCGUGGAUAUCCCAUUGAGGAAGUUUCAAUGGACAAGUGUAAGAGCAAUAACAUAUAUGCCAUUAGUGAAAACAAGUUUCUAAAGAUGACAAAAGAUGCGGAAUUAUUAAAACAACUAUCGACCAAAAGUCUAGUGAGGGUAUAUCCUGCAGCUACUAGGCUUGCUAGUACGAACUUUUGUCCUCUAAAGGUUUGGUCUUUGGGUGUGCAAUUCGCUGCGCUAAAUUACCAGUCUUGCGAUCGUUCUAUGUUAUUGAACCUAGCACGGUUCCAUCAAAGUUUUGGAUACGUGUUAAAACCACCGGAACUCAGAGAAAUGAACGAAAAUGAGAAUCUUGACUUCUUUCAUUUAGCUCCUAUAAAACUCCGCGUACAUGUUUUGUCCGCUUCACAGCUCCCAUCAAUCGCAAGUUUUGAUCAAAAGAAUUUUGCAAAUUCAGUCUCGAAUACACUCUUAUCCAUAAAACAAGGUGGAAAACCCGUGGAUAUCGACAACUUUUGGGACCCAAAGACAAAGGCAUUUGGAAUGCGCCAUAAUGAGGAUCCAAACAAGGGUCUAACUAGAUCUGAAAAGAGAGAAAUAAAAGCGGCAAAAAGCGUGGGAUUAAUGGUGCAAGGAGAUGAUCAAGAGGAUAAUUUAGAUGAUAUCUUGGCAUCUUCUGCAAAGGUUACAAGAGAAUAUUCGGACAAGUUGUGCCCAUUUGUUGAGGUAUGUGUCUCUGGAGAGAAUGAAAAGGUGUUCAAGACGGAAGCUGUAAACUUUAAUGGUUUUAAUCCUGUCUGGUCUGAUUUGACUCCACCAUUUGAAUUUACAGUAAACGAUCCUAAUCAGGCCAUUGUAACAUUUUGUGUAAAGCAUUUUGACAAUCUCUCUACAGAACUCAUUGGACAAGCUGCGUUCCCGGUUAAUCGAAUAAGGCCGGGACUCCGGUGGGUCAACUUGAUGGAUUCUAGACUUUUAGAAAUUGAGUGCUGUGGACUACUUGUACAUGUCGAUAUGGAGUAUAUUACGUAG